AAUCGAGGUCAAGAAUAUAUCGGACGAUCGUUUGCUCUUCGGUCGCGGUGAGCUUCUGGCAAUUAGGCUGGCAAUUGGCUCGGGCGAGGGUUUGGUUGUAUCUUCGCUGAAGCUUUCGUGGGCACGCGUUAUACGCGGCGGCGGCGCGUCGUAGGCUUCAAAAUUGGCCUUCCUUAUAGGCUUGAAGUGCAAGAUCUAUUCGGCCUUCUUGUUGAGCUUUAUUAUCUUGUUGUUGUUGAGACAUUUCGUGUUGUAGUAGAGGUAAUAGCUGCCAAGAAAUUCUGCGACACUCGAUGGUGUGCGAC